AUGGCUUUCUUGGGGAAUAUAGAACAAUUUAACACGGCGGCCCCGGAAACGUGGAAUAUUUACGUGCAAAGGGUGAAAUUUUACCUCGAAGCGAACGGGGUCACGGACGCUGGAAAGAAACGCGCAGUUUUUUUAAGCGUGUGCGGCGAGCAAACAUUCCAAAUCGCGCGAAGUUUAUGCAUUCCAAAUGAACUUGCCGAUACGUCGUUCGAUCGCUUAAUCGAUUUGUUAUCGACGCAUUUCAAUCCGAAGCAAUCUGAAAUCGUUCAGCGUUUUUUAUUUAAUAAAAGAAACCAAAAGGAGGGUGAAACUGUUUCUGCGUGGGUCGCCGAACUCCGAAAAAUUGGCGGGUUGUGCAAUUACGGGGUGGAACUAGAAAGACAAAUUCGGGAUCGUAUCGUGUGUGGUGCGCGCAACGAAGCCCUUCAACGUCGUUUACUAUCAGAGCCGAAUCUUACUUUCCAGAUGGCAUUCGACACAGCUACGGCAACCGAAAAUGCAGCUAGCCAGGUGGUGGAGCUCCGUAAGGUGCCCGGACAGUCUGAAAUAAAUAAAACUGAGGUACACAAGGAGUCGACUCCAAUGAAAUGUUGGAGGUGCACAGCUAACCACGAUCCAACUGCGUGUCGUUGGAAGGACGCGGACUGCAGAUUCUGUUCGAAGAAGGGCCACAUUGAGCGUGCGUGCCUGUCCAGAAGGAAUCGUGGGAAUGGUAAUAAAGCGAACGAAGGGAAAAGGGUAAGUGCGGCACAGAAUUCUUCUCGGGGUAGAUCUAACGAAAGAGACCAUAAAACCGGUCAGCACCAAGUGAAAUCGGAACCGCCAACUAACAGUGACGAUGGUGAGGACGAUUAUUAUUAUUUUGGUCUCCAUAAUGUCGGGCGCGGGGAGGCACCAUACCGGGUUUUACUUUCGGUGAAUGAUAGACAAUGCGAAUUUGAAAUUGAUUCGGGUGCGAGCUUUACGGUUAUGGCACAAUCGUGUUUCGAAAGACUAUUUGCGGGGGAUACACCGCGAUUAAAUAACAUUCAGUUAUCGUUGAGAGACUGGCAGAAAAAGGACAUUGCAAUUCUGGGCGAAUGUGAGGUGCGCGUAUCGUUUAAUAAACAUUCGAAAACGUUACCUUUAGUCGUGACGAAGGGCGAUAACAUUAGUCUGUUGGGGCGAAAUUGGUUUGAGGCUUUGGGAAUUAAGCUGUCGAUGAACGCGGUAGCUACGGUCGAUACAAAUAUUGAGCGGGUGCUGCAACAAUUUAGCGACGUGUUCGAUAAUAACCUUGGGAAUUUUCGUGGGAAACCGGUCAAAUUAGAAAUUGAUUCUACAGUGCGGCCAAUUCGAUUAAAGGCGCGUAAUGUAGCUUUCGCGCUUCGACCCAAAAUCGAAGCGGAAGUCGAAAAACUGAUCAGACAGGGUAUUCUGGAACCGUGCGAGAAUCCUACAUGGACUACUCCAAUCGUACCGGUGGUGAAAUCCGAUGGGUCGAUUCGUAUCUGCGCAGACUAUAAAUGUACACUUAAUAAGGCACUCCAGGAUGACCCGUACCCAAUGCCGACCACACAAGAAAUAAUUGCCGCUUUGAACGGGGCAAAGGUUUUCGCGAAAUUGGAUAUGGCGCAAGCAUAUCAGCAGCUGAAGGUGGACGACGAAUCAGCAAAGUUGCAGACGAUAAUCACCCAAAGGGGCACAUAUAUGGUACGCAGGCUGUGUUUUGGAAUUAAAGUGGCACCGCAAAUAUUCCAACGAUUCAUCAACGACCGUUUGGCUGGUAUACCGGGAUGUUUUCCGUACUACGAUGAUAUAUUGGUAGCAGCAGGAAACGACCAGGAGUUGCUAGAACGCAUUACGGAAAUUUUACGCCGGUUCUCAGAGGAUGGGCUAAAACUAAAAAGAAGUAAAUGUGUUUUUAGAACAAAGGGCAUCGAAUUUUUGGGGUUUUAUAUAAGUGAAGAGGGGGUGCGCCCAAUCGCUGAUAAAGUCCGCAACAUCAAACAUGCGCCAACACCGACGUGUAAAAGGGAAUUGCAAUCAUUUCUUGGAUUGCUAAAUUUUUACCACGCCUUUUUAAAGAAUAAAGCGAAUUUUGCUGAGAGUCUCCAUCGUCUGUUGGACAACAAAGUUCCGUGGAAUUGGACUACAGAAAACCAAAGAACCUUUGAAGCCGUCAAAGAGUUGCUUUCUUCUGACCAACUGUUAGUACACUACGACGCCAGGAAAGAGUUGGUACUCACAUGUGACGCGUCUCCUUGGGCCGUGGGGGUGGUGCUGAGCCAUGUAGAUAGUGAUGGCAGAGAAGCACCCAUUGCGUUCCAUUCAAAAACUCUUAGCCAAGCAGAGCGCCGGUACAGUCAAUUGGACAAGGAAGCGUUAGCGAUAGUGGUGGGUGUUAAGAAAUUCCAUAAUUACUGUUAUGGGCGACAUUUCGAAAUUGUAACGGACCACAAACCGCUCUUAGGAAUUUUAGGAGAAAAUAAACCAGUACCGCAGAUGUCUUCGCCGAGACUAGUUCGCUGGGCAUUAUUCCUGAGUAAUUAUGACUACAAGCUGAUACAUAAGCCAGGGAAGGACAUCAGCCAUGCGGAUGCUCUGAGUCGCUUGCCAGCGGACGCGGCAGAAACUGAGUACGCGAGUUACGAACGCAUGGGCGAGGUAUUCAUGCUGGAAAAUAUGCCAGAGACACCACUGAACGCCGAGAGGGUGGCAGAGUUGACAGGACGAGACCCGGUUAUGAGCCGAAUUCGAGACUUUAUACAAAAUGGUUGGCCCCAUAACUUGGAGGAUGGGCUGGAGGAAGAGCAGGUACGACCGUUCAAGGCUAGGAGAGACGAAUUGUCCACCUACAAAAACUGCAUACUAUGGGGUACCCGAGUGGUAAUUCCACCAAAAAUCCGAGAGAGAGUUCUGGGAAUCCUCCAUGGUGCUCACAUCGGGAUGGUAAGAAUGAAGUCAUUGGCCAGGUCGUACGUGUGGUGGCCAUCCAUGGACCAAGCUAUUGAAAACGCAGUCCGGCACUGUGAAGAGUGCCAACAACAGCAAAAGUUGCCGGCCCGAGCGUCAAUACAUCCGUGGGAGUGGAGCGAAGUUCCCUGGAGCCGAGUCCAUAUAGAUCACGCAGGACCAUUCUGUGGUCAACAAUUUCUAAUUAUUGUUGAUGCUUUCAGCAAAUGGUUGGAAGUCAGGAGAGUACCAUCUACAGCAUCGGAACACACUAUCCAAUGUCUACGGGAAAUUUUCGCAACCCAUGGGAUUCCGGAAGUUAUAAUAAGUGACAAUGGCACGUCAUUUACAUCGGAGGCAUUUCAACUAUGGACUAGGAGAAAUGGCAUCCGUCAUACUCGAAUCGCACCAUAUCACCCGGCAUCAAACGGUCAGGCGGAAAGGAUGGUGCAAGAAACCAAAAAAACAUUAAAGAAGCUGAGCACGGGGAACUGGGAAACCAAAAUUGCAAGAUUUUUAAUAACACAACACAUUACGCCUACUUCGACCACAGGACUUUCUCCGGCGGAGUUAAUGUUUAAAAGGAAAAUUCGUACGUGUUUGGACCUCCUACAACCGAGUGUCGUGAGGAAAGUUAGAGAAAAUCAACAAAAAAUGAUGUGGGCCGGGCCCAGAACAACCAGAACAUUUGACCAAUCAGCUACAGUCUUAGCUAGGAAGUUUGGAGGAAGUGACGAGCCCCGAUGGCAGCAAGAGCAGAUUGUCCGACAGUUAGGACCCGUGACGUACGAAACUAUUGAUGAGAGGGGUAGAACCCAAAAGCGUCACGUGGACCAUUUGCGGAGAAGUUCACCAGAGACCACUGAAGAAAGCGAUAACAACGACAGCCUACUUCAGGAGGAGAGAUCACAGGAGCAGAUGACCAGGGAUCGACCAGAGGACCUAGCAGUCACGGAACAACUGCCUACUAUAAAUCAGAGGCCGCAGAGGAAUGCCAGAUUACCGGAGAAAUUUCGAGAUUUCGUGAUGACUUCUAGGAAGGGAGGGAUGUCAUGUAUUGAGCAUGGUAAACCUGGCUUGCGUGUGCGCAAGACGAGCAGCAUGGACGAGGAAGACGGGAGGUUGUAA